UGAUUUCAAUCUAGUCGUCAUUAUUAAAUCGAAAUUAUUAAUUCUUUCCAUCAUCUUCACAAAGAAGCUGUCUCUUUCUUUUCACCGUCACUUCACCUAUUUACUUUCACGUCUCUGCAGCUCUCAUAUCAGAGUGAUAUUGAUUCUUCAAUCUCUAGUCCUUCGUUAUCAGAUUCCAAAGCUUCCGCCUUUCCUUUUGACCUUUUUUUAGUACAUUGAUUCAGAGGUGCAAGAGUAAUGGGUUUGAUUAAUUCCGUAUUUGAAAUGUAACUUCUGAAUCUGUUAAUCUUCUGAGUGUUUCUUGUGCACAAAAAUGGCUACUUUAACUGAGCCAUCAUCAUCGUUAAGCUUCACGUCUUCCCAUUUCUCUAACCUCUCUACUGGGUCUACCCAUAUCUCAUCAAGCUCAGCUUCUAAUCUGGAAGUUGUUAGUCUAACCAAACUCAGCUCCAAUCUUGAGCAGCUUCUCAGUAAUCCAGAUUGUGAUUACACAGACUCAGAGAUCAUUGUGGAUGGUGUUCCCAUUGGUGUUCACAGAUGCAUUUUAGCUGCAAGAAGCAAGUUUUUCCAGGAGCUGUUCAAAAAAGACAAGAAAAAUUCGAAAAUUGAGAGACCGAAGUACCAUUUAAAGGAGGUGUUGCCUUAUGGAGCUGUUGGGCAUGAAGCUUUUGUUUAUUUCCUGAGUUAUAUCUACACUGGGAGGGUAAAGCCAUUUCCUUUGGAUGUUUCUACUUGUAUUGACUCAGUUUGUGCUCAUGACUCUUGCCGACCUGCUAUUGAUUUUGUUGUUGAGUUGAUGUAUGCUUCAUCUAUUCUCCAAGUGCCUGAGCUUGUUUCAUCUUUUCAGCGGAGGCUUUGUAACUUUGUGGAGAAGUCUCUUGUUGAGAAUGUUAUUCCGAUUCUUUUGGUUGCUUUCCACUGUAAGUUGACUCAGCUUCUUGAUCAAUGUAUUGAGAGAGUGGCUAGGUCAGAUCUCUAUAGGCUCUGUAUUGAAAAAGAGGUUCCUCUACAAGUAGCUGAGAGGAUCAAACAGAUUCGUCUCAAGUCUCCACAAGACGAAGAAGAUAGUCCCAAGGUUUCUGACAAAAUGCUUGAGAGAGUUGGGAAAAUUCUCAAGGCGUUGGAUUCAGAUGAUGUUGAGCUUGUGAAGCUUCUUUUGACUGAGUCAGAUAUCAGUCUAGAUGAAGCCAAUGGUUUGCAUUACUCAGUGGUGUAUAGUGAUCCUAAAGUUGUUGCAGAGAUUCUUACUCUCGGUUUAGGUGAUGUCAAUCACAGAAACUCACGUGGCUACACGGUUCUUCAUUUCGCUGCCAUGCGUAAAGAGCCUUCCAUAAUCAUAUCUCUUCUCAAGGAAGGCGCCAAUGCGGCUGCUUUCACCUCAGAUGGACGCAGUUCGGUUAAUAUAUGUAGGAGACUGACAAAUCCAAAGGAUUAUCAUACGAAGACAGCGAAAGGGAGGGAGUCUAGUAAAGCAAGGUUAUGCAUAGAUAUCUUGGAAAGAGAGAUCCGGAGGAACCCUAUGGUUGCUGAUACGCCAGUGUGUUCCCUCUUUAUGCCUGAAGAUCUCCAAAUGAGACUGUUAUACCUAGAAAAAAGAGUGGGGCUUGCUCAGUUGUUCUUUCCAACAGAAGCUAAUGUGGCUAUGGACAUUGCUAAUGUAGAAGGUACAAGCGAGUUCAAGGGUCUUCCCCCACCUUCCAAUGGCUUAACCGGAAACUUGAGUCAGGUUGAUUUAAAUGAAACUCCUCAUAUGCAAACCAAACGACUUCUUACUCGUAUGGAGGCUCUAGUGAAAACAGUUGACACUGGUCGAAGGUAUUUUCCAUAUGGCUCUGAGGUUUUAGAUAAGUACAUGGAGGAGUACAUUGACGAUGAUUUACACAUUGAGAAGGGAUCUCCGCAGGAGAGAAGAUUGAAAAGAAUGAGAUAUAGAGAGCUCAAGGAUGAUGUCCAAAAGGCAUAUAGCAAAGACAAAGAGUCUAAGAUUGCACGGUUUUGUCUCUCGACUUCAACCUCUCCUUCGUCCUCUUUAAGAGAUGGCCUGGAGAACUCAAUAUGAAACUGCACUAUGUAAGUUGAAGAUAUCUUGUUCAAAAGAUAUUUCUUUUUGGGUGUUAUUAAGAUACUUUAGGUUCAGAUUUAAUAAAAAAGAUGGGUAGUUAGCUGUACAACAGUAGGAGUGCUUAACCAAGACAUCUAACUGCAUGCAACCUUUUGUUUUUGUUAAUACAAACAUGUUAUUCCACAAACACAGUCUCACAGAUGAGAGAGAUGAUAUUGUUUCUUAGAUAUAU